CAGUAGUUACUCAUCUUCGGAAUUUAAUGUUCAACGGUUUGGGGAAUGAUCAAAUGAGAAGUCAAACGUUUAAACCUCGUUAAAGAUAUUUAUAAAAGGAAGAGUUUUGAAAAGCUGUGCGCAUAAUCAUGGUUCGGAAAGCGAAAGAUUUCACACAAAGCAAGGAGGAACGUAUGGUUAUCACGAUUGGAGAAAUUAUACAAGAAUUAUUGAAAGCUCAUCGAGAUAAUAGAGAUGUCGAUUUGAAUAAAUUAAAAACACGUAUAUCUUCGAAAUAUGGCCUGGAUAGAUCUCCUAGGUUAGUCGACAUAAUAGCUGCCGUACCUGCAGAUGCAAGAAACAUUUUAGUGCCUAAAUUAAAGGCCAAACCUAUUAGAACAGCUAGCGGGAUAGCAGUGGUAGCCGUUAUGUGCAAACCGCACAGAUGUCCCCAUAUCAAUAUGACAGGAAACAUUUGCGUAUAUUGCCCUGGUGGUCCAGAUUCUGAUUUUGAGUAUUCUACGCAAUCAUAUACCGGUUAUGAGCCUACGUCUAUGAGAGCUAUACGUGCAAGAUAUAAUCCGUUUUUGCAAACGAGACAUCGUAUGGAACAAUUGAAACAAUUAGGACACAGUGUCGAUAAAGUCGAAUUUAUCGUGAUGGGUGGAACGUUUAUGUCCUUGCCAGAGGAUUAUAGGGAUUAUUUCGUACGGAAUUUACACGAUGCUUUAUCCGGCCAUAUAAGCAAUAACGUAGAUGAAGCAGUCAAGUAUUCGGAACGGAGUCGUACAAAAUGCAUUGGUAUAACCAUCGAGACACGACCGGAUUAUUGUUUAAAAAAGCACUUGUCGGAUAUGCUGCGCUAUGGGUGCACGCGUCUUGAGAUCGGCGUACAAUCCGUAUACGAGGAUGUUGCACGGGACACAAACAGAGGACAUACCGUUCGUGCAGUAUGCGAAAGUUUCCAAUUAUCAAAAGAUGCAGGUUUCAAAGUUAUAGCGCACAUGAUGCCAGAUUUACCGAACGUCGAUAUCGAAAGAGACGUUGAACAAUUUAUUGAAUUCUUUGAAAAUCCUACUUUUCGAACGGACGGCCUAAAGAUCUAUCCAACGUUAGUGAUACGUGGUACUGGAUUGUACGAAUUAUGGAAAACUGGUAGAUACAAGAGUUAUACACCGACAGUUUUGAUUGACUUAAUAGCACGCAUUUUGUCUUUAAUACCGCCGUGGACGCGUGUCUAUCGCGUACAAAGAGAUAUACCAAUGCCUUUGGUCAGUUCUGGCGUGGAACAUGGUAAUCUACGUGAAUUGGCAUUAGCUAAAAUGAAAGACUUAGGUACCGAUUGUCGUGAUGUCCGUACACGUGAAGUAGGAAUACAAGAGAUACAUAAUAAAGUUCAGCCGUACGAAGUCGAAUUAAUACGUCGUGAUUACGUUGCCAACAACGGAUGGGAAACGUUUCUUUCUUACGAAGAUCCUAUGCAAGACAUUUUAAUUGGUUUGCUUCGUCUAAGAAAAUGUUCCCCGGAUACCUUUAGAUCCGAGUUGAAGAAUAAAUGCUCGAUAGUAAGAGAAUUACAUGUUUAUGGUAGUGUAGUACCCGUUCAUGCGCGUGAUCCUACCAAAUUUCAACAUCAAGGUUUUGGAAUGCUUCUAAUGGAAGAAGCAGAACGCAUUGCGAGAGAAGAACACAGAUCUCAUAAAAUUGCUGUUAUCUCGGGCGUUGGUACAAGAAAUUAUUACAGAAAAAUGGGUUACGAAUUGGACGGCCCUUAUAUGUCUAAGGUAUUGAUAUGAUCCGAAUAAUGUGAUAAUAAUGUAAAUAAUAAAUUCUCCUUUAUCUUUAA